UUACCUCCACAGUCAGACAAAGACCCGAAUGAGGGAUUACGACUUGAGCUGCACCGGUUGGUGGAUGCUUACUGUGAUCAUCAUCAGAAUGAACCAGAAGGAGAGGACCAGGAGUGGUUAGCGCUGCGGGAGCUGGAGGACGGUGUCGACGAGGCCUUGCUCAACACCGUGGACCUCAACUACCAGAACGACAGUCAGGACUCCUCUCCGUUACUUCCCGAGGUGCAGCAGGAAUUGCGGUCCAGGCUUGGGAGGUCGCCUGUCAUUUUCCUUGAAGACCAGGACUUCGAGAGCCGGGAUCCCAGGGAGUCCUUCUUUGACAGGGUCCUGAGGUUUUUUCAGAGGCUGCUGGGCUGCCUGCUGCAGAAGUGGCGAGCCCUGCUGGCUUGGUUACGGCGCGCCGUGGCUGCUGGCAUGCGGGCCCUCUGCCGCGCGGUGGAGGCCGUCUGGAGCACGUUUCAGGAUUUCUGUUCCUCCACGGCGCAGGCCCUGGGAUUUACCAUCCAGGCCUAGCCAGAACCCCCUGACCAAUUUUGGUCUCCGGGUCUGACCCUUGCUCUGGCUCCCGUGUUUUAAUAAAAGUUCGUGGAACCCAGA